GAGCACAGUCAGCACUCCGGCGAUUUGCUACCUGUUUCAGAAAGACGCACGAGUGCGCUUUACCUCUCCAGGCACAGCCAAAUGGACCCGGCGGACUAGACGUGAUUACAUGUAAAAGGCACCUAAAGAAAUCAGCAAUGUCUUACAGUUGCAUUAUCCGCUGCCACAGGUUAUUACUUCUGUGUUUUUUGAGGAGGUAACAGAGGAGGAUAUUGCAUGCCAACAUGGAUUGCCUUUUUCUUUUGAUAUGGACUUUGCCUAUCCCACUUGUCAGCUGCACAUCAGUGAAGAUUUUAUCCACUCUGUGGUUCUGGAACACAUUGAAGACGCUGCAUAUCUACUGCUCACAUUCCAUUCAUUCUGUUUCGUCCACUUUUGCCAGUGACACCAGUGGACUGAAUCAUGAUUACAUGUUUGUGACCCCAAUUGAGGUGGAUGCUCGGGGUGGGUAUGUGUCCCACGAUAUGCUGCGGCGAGGCCGGAAUAAGAGGUCCCUGUCGUCCAUUGGGGGCCCUGUACACUACAGGCUCUCUGCCUUCGGGAGGGACAUGCACCUGGACUUACAGCCUGCCAUGGUAGUGGCAGAGGGCUUCACAGUACAGGUACUGGGGACAGAGGGCAUCACCACAUUGGCACAGGAGCCAGCCCAUCAGGACUGCUUGUAUCAGGGAUUUAUACGCAACCUCACAGCUUCCUCUGCAGCCAUAUCUACAUGUUCUGGCUUGUCAGGUCUGAUCCGGAUGUCUGAUGAUGAGUACUUCAUCGCCCCCUUGCCCCAGCACCUAGCUGCAGAGCACAACUACACCUCCCCGAGUGGACACCACCCACACGUGGUCUACAAACGCUCGGCUGAACACAAAGUCCAUGGUGGCCAGAGGUCUGUCCACAGCUCCCAACCUGACAACCCAAAUCUACAGCACCAUCACCAGCAUCACCACGACUACCAGCACGGGAAACUGCAGAGACAACACUUCUGUGGACGCCGCAAGCAAUACACUCCCAAGCCCCCUGCUGAGGAUCGUCUCGUCAUGCCUGAUGAGUUUGAGCUCCCAGGCAGGGGGAAGCGAUCACCCGUCACGUCUAACAAGGUGGGGACCCUGAAUGUGGAAACGCUGGUGGUGGCAGACAGGAAGAUGCUGGAGAAACACGGCAGAGAGAACGUCACCACCUACGUCCUCACUGUUAUGAACAUGGUUUCCAGCCUUUUCAAAGACGGGACCAUCGGAACUGAUAUCAACAUUGUGGUGGUCAGCCUGCUUCUUCUAGAGCAAGAUCCACUCGGCCUGUCCAUCAACCACCACGCUGACCAGUCUCUCAACAGUUUCUGCCAGUGGCAGUCGGGCCUGAUCGGUAAGCGCCACGACCAUGCCGUGCUCCUCACCGGCCUGGACAUCUGCUCUUGGAAGAACGAGCCCUGUGACACCCUGGGUUUUGCUCCUAUAAGUGGAAUGUGUAGUAAAUACCGGAGCUGUACGAUUAAUGAAGACACAGGACUGGGCUUAGCUUUCACCAUCGCUCAUGAAUCAGGCCACAAUUUUGGGAUGAUCCAUGAUGGAGAGGGGAAUCCUUGUCGGAAAGCUGAAGGAAACAUCAUGUCUCCAACCCUGGCAGGAAAUAACGGGGUCUUCUCCUGGUCUGCCUGCAGUCGCCAAUACCUCAGCCGCUUCCUUGGAACAGCUCAAGCAUCAUGUCUGGUGGAUGAGCCCAGGCAGAUUGGGCAGUAUAAAUACCCAGAGCAGCUCCCAGGUCAGCUCUAUGAUGCUGACACACAGUGCAAGUGGCAGUUUGGCUCCAAGGCUAAACUGUGCAACCUGGACUUUGUCAAGGACAUCUGUAAGUCACUGUGGUGCCACAGGACAGGUCACCGGUGUGAGACCAAGUUCAUGCCCGCUGCCGAGGGCACCAGCUGUGGGACUGACAUGUGGUGUCGGCGAGGCCAGUGUGUGAAGUAUGGUGACCACGGUCCGAGAGCUGUUAACGGUCAGUGGUCAGGAUGGUUGGAGUGGUCGGACUGUUCCAGGACAUGUGGGGGAGGGGUGAUGUACAGGGAGCGAUCCUGCACCAGCCCCAGGCCACAACACAACGGGAAGUUUUGCCAGGGCUCCAGUCGUCUCAACCAGCUGUGUAACACAAAGCCGUGCCAGCCCAGCGGAGUGGACUUCCGUGCUCAGCAGUGUGCUGAGUACAACAGCAAACCCUUCAGGGGAUGGUACUACAAAUGGAAGCCCUACACCAAGGUGGAAGCUGAGGAUAUCUGCAAGCUGUACUGCAUCGCCGAGGACUUUGACUUCUUCUUUGCCAUGGCCAGCAAAGUCAAGGACGGGACAUCCUGCUCAGACCACAGAGGGGACUUGUGCAUCGAAGGAGUCUGUGAGCCGGUAGGUUGUGACCAGGUGCUGGGCUCUAAGGCAACUCUGGAUGCCUGUGGAGUUUGUAGAGGGGACAACUCCACCUGCAAGUUCUUCAAAGGCCAGUACGUCCUCCAGCACAGAGCUAAUGAAUACUACGCCAUGGUGACCAUCCCACCUGGAGCGCGGAGCAUCCAUGUUCAGGAGAUGGAGAUCUCCACCAGCUACCUGGCUGUGCGCACCCUGAAGAGGAAGUACUAUCUGACAGGGGACUGGACAGUGGACUGGCCUGGAAAGUUCCAGUUCGGUGGGACGGUGUUUGACUAUCAGCGCUCUUUCAACCACCCAGAGAGCCUGUACACGGCUGGACCCACUAAUGAGACCCUGGUCUUUGAAAUCCUGCUGCAGGGUAAGAACUCGGGUGUGGUGUGGGAGUACACCUUGCCCCGCAGUGAGAGGAAACCCAACUACACAUGGGGAGUGGUUCGCUCUGACUGCUCGGCCCCGUGUGCUGGAGGUCGGAUCUCGACAAAAGCCAUCUGUUUGCAAGAUCAGCGGACCCAAGUCAACUCGACACAGUGCAACCCUCAGACCCGACCAGUGCUCAGCUCUCACCUGUGCAACACGCAGCCCUGCCCAGCCUACUGGACGACAGGGGACUGGGGGCCCUGCAGUCGGUCCUGUGGUGGCGGGCAACAGACACGUCACAUCCAGUGCUUGCGUAAGGUGACGUACCAGCGGGAGGAGGUGGUGGCUCACUCCCUGUGCCCGGUCAUCGCCCCGGCCCAGGUGCAGCCCUGCCACACCCAGGCUUGCCCAUCUGAGUGGAGCUCUGGAGCCUGGUCACAGUGUUCCAAGUCGUGUGGGCGUGGGAUGAGGAAGCGUGGCGUGUUCUGCAGGAGCACUGACCCCGGAGCAAAGGCUGUGGUGGUGCCGGACAGUAUGUGUAAGCCACACCACAAACCCAAGGCCCAGGAGACAUGCGUCGUGCGCCGCUGCCCCAAGAAUGACCGGCUGCAGUGGUUCACAACACCCUGGGGCGAGUGCUCCACAUCCUGUGGCCCAGGUGUCAGAAGCAGAGAGCUGCGUUGUAGGGAGAGGGAUUCACAGGGGGGCUACACAGAGUUCCCUAUGAGAAGGUGCAGGAACCUUCCCAAACCCUCUGGGGAGCUCCAGCAGACCUGCAGCAUGGGGCCGUGCCCAGAGCCUCGACUUGUCGUCCCAGGAAGAACAACCAGUGCAGUGGUCCUGGGCUGGUACUCUUCUCCUUGGCAGCAGUGUUCUGUAUCCUGUGGGGGAGGGGUACAGUCCCGUUCUAUCCAGUGUCUGAGACAGGGACGUCCUGCAGCUGGAUGCCUGAACCCCCAGAGACCCAUAACUUCCCGGGCCUGCAACACACACUUCUGUCCUGCUCCUCGUCCUGCUCCCCCUGCUCCUCCUGUUCCUGGGCCAGCCCUCAAAGACGAACAGUCUUGUGUCGACUUCUUCAGCUGGUGUCACCUGGUUCCUCAGCACAGUGUGUGCAAUCACAAGUUCUACGGACAUCAGUGCUGCAAGUCCUGCAAUGGCAAAAAGCUAUAAGUUCGGAGGACUCCUUUUCCCAUGAGCCUCUAGCUGCGAAUUGCUUAAUAUGCGCUACAACUCUAAAGGGUGCUGUGGUUGAAAAUACACUUUGGGCCAUAAUGUACAAGAGAACUGAGGUGCAGUCUCUGUUCCUGGAGUACUUGACUAACAGUGAUUAGCAAAAUAAAAGAGAAUAAUCUCCAUCUUUCUGGAUACGUUGUGCUAAAGAUGGCAAUGUGGGCAAAGACAUUCAUGCGAAUGCAGCAUCUCAUACUGUAACUGCAAAUGCAGUGCAACAAAUCAUUGCAGGACAUUCUCUGUGUAAACAUAUGUGUUGUAUGUCCUGAUACUGUCAACAUCUCACUCAAAGCCAUCAAGAGAGCUCUGAGAAUAUCUGCAUUUUAGCUCGCUCAUGUUUUGGAUAUGUAAAGGCAUCUGGUUUCAGACGACAUUUUAAGUUAUUAUGGCACACAUGUCAUUUUAGCAUUUGUCAGGUGUACAAUGUGCUCUGUGUGCUGCAUGUGCUCCGUGUGCUGCAUGUGCUCCAUGUUUCAAGCUCUUUACAUGUAGCAGGCUACCUAAUCACAGAAAUGAUACAUGUAAAACUUUAAAAAUACCUUUUGAAGUUGAUCACAACUCCCAAAUGCACUUAUCAGGCCUGGUCCCUCUAUCUUUCAUGGUUCAUGAUUGGUGCUUCAUUGUGUAACAAGAUACAGUACUUACAAUACAUGUGUACAUUCCAUACAUCUUCAUGUUGUGAAUACAUGCAUAUUUGUGUAUGAGAAAAUAACGUUUGUUUACCCAUAUUUUAAUGUAUGCUCCAAGUGUCCUGAGCAAGGCAGUUAACCCACUGUUCCAUCGGGCGCCGAUGACUUGGACGUUGAUUAAGGCAGCCUCAUACACCACUCUGAUUCAGAGGGGUUGGGUUAAAUGCGGAAGACACAUUUCAGUUGCAUGCAUUCAGUUGCACAAACUGUCUAGGUAUCCCCCUUCCUUUUCUUGUGAAAAUAUUGGUGCUGACAGCCGCCGGGAUACCCUAUGUUCUUUCCCAUCAUUCCCAUCAUCAUGAUAAGGAAACAUCCUCUGUCUAUUGGGCCAGCAGCACUGAACCUAGGUCCUCUCACACCGGAUAGAUAUGAUGCCAAAUCAUUAACUAGCGCUGGGUAUAGCCACAGAGGAUCCCCCAGACUUCCACCACUCAUUCAUGAAAAUCAAUGUCUGCAGGCUAGUAAAGGGAGCUGUGGAUGGGGCCGGGUCAGAGAAGAUGCUUUAUUUCCUCUGCCUGGCCUGGUGGGAGAUGUGGAGAGAAGUGGUAGGCGAGAGUUGGCGGCAUAGUUGAGAGGGAGGAAGGGGUAGCCAGGGUUGAGGUUGUCACGUGCUCUCGACAUACUUUUUCAGAAUGCUAAUUAGUCACAGAGCCUGGCGUGGUGGGAGCAGACAGACUUUAGGGGGGGGCAGAGCAGACCAACAAAGGCCUCUAAAGAGGGCUGCUGCAUACUUCCCUCUGUUUACUCUGCCCCUGCUCUCACCAUCCAGACCAGCUCUGUUUGGUUUGUUUGAGAAAAUGUCAGCAUCCCUCCACUCCCCCGCUCCCUCUCUCGUGACCCCCCCCCCCCCCCCCCCCACCUUCAUUUUUAGCAUCAGUCAGUGCUACAAAGUACUGUAGAUCGCAGCUACACGAUGGUAAAUCCCAUUUUUGCACUAUUGGCCAUGUAGAAGGCAAUGGGAUAGCCAAUCAUACAGACAGCAAAGGCAACCUACUUCCAGCCAGCAGGGAGAGAAACAGGAAGAGCAUGGCCAGAGUAUAGGAUGUUGUUUGCUGUAAAUCAUAAAGAUCCUACGUCUCCCCCUGCUCCCCAGAGAGGGAUGGUCCCAUACAGAGAGAGAUGUCUGGUCUGGUCAGAGGCUCUGUGACCAUGGAGUUGUUUUUCCUCCUCCUCAGCCUGCUCUCCAUCAGUGGCUUUGAAUGGAGAGUGUAGAGGGACAGAGAGAGAAAGACUGAUAUGAUUGUGAAGGACAUCCCUGAGCGGUGGCUCUCUCUGCCUCUGGUCUGGCCUGCUCACGGCUAACACGGUCAUUCUCAUGGGAGGCUACCAUUCCUUCCAAUACCACAGCUUCCUCCCCUGCCUUCACCAGGCCUGUACAGCAUCCCUGCAACCUACGCUCACAAAGGGUCAAGAUGGACUGUUGACUGUUCCUUCUCCCUUUCUUGCUAUACUCGUAUGGUCAUUUUAUGUUUUUGUUUGUUAUAUUGGUUAAUGAACUAGUUUCCACCAGGGAUGGUACUCUCUCUGUAUUAUAAAACCACUCAAAUAGUUUCCGGUCCCUGGGAAUUGUCUGUGUGAAUUAUCUCUAGUUUAUUGUGCUGAACUAAUGCUCUCAAAUAGACUUUCAAAUGUCACAUUGGCCUGUAGGAGGACAUGGGAGCGGGGAAUGUUUGAUUUUAUGUGUGUUUUUUCAUCAGCCUUUCAUCGUUCGUAUUUCCACAUGUGUUGUUCGUGUUAUUUUCUAUGUCCUGUACAGUUGUUGUAUACUCUAUUGUCUUUUCACCUGUAAAGACAGGAAACGUGUGUAAUUUAUUACUGUUUCAUUGGAUCUGAGAUACUGAACACUAUUCGUUGAGAGGGGAGCUGCUUGUACUAUAGAGCAUGAUCCGUGUAAUAUUUAAUACUUUUUCUCAAAGUUUUAUAAUAAAACUAUGACAAAAUGUA